ACCUCCCCCUUAAUGUCCUAAUUACACGUCAGAGACACGAAGUGACCACCAGUGCAGAGCGGACAUAGGAGCCUAAUAUUCAGGUCAUGGCUGCUGUCUUGUGCAACAUCCAAAAUCAAAAGAAUGUGUGCCCCCUGAUUGUACUGGUCAGACACAACCAAUGCCUGCGGAAGACUACACACAUGCACAAGUCCAGUCCCAGACACACUUAGACCUCAUGGAGGAGGAUAAACCCCUCAUACCCGGGGUCACUGUCCGGGCUGCCACUCCCGAACGAUUGGUCCACCUCUGUGUAGAGAGCUUUGGGAAGGAUGGACGCUUGCUGGAAGACAAUGAAUUCCCGAGUGUCCUGUUCCUCAUGCACAAAUGGUUUAUGACAUCAGACGAGAUGGCCGAGGCUUAUGUGGACCUUUAUCAGAGCUGUAACGAGACUGUGGCGUGUACAAAGCCAGCCUGUAACCACCGCCCUUCCAGCGUAGAUUGUCAAAUUCAGAUUUACAAAGCCAAAAUUUGCUAUGCAGUCAGAUUCUGGAUCAGUAAUUUUCCUGUACAUUUUGACCUUGACCAUAGACUAUCCACGGUUGUGAAAAGGUUUGCCAAUCUUGUCCAGUCCGAGGGAAAUCUCACCUUUAAGCAGCUCAUUGAUUUGUCCAAAGUACCUUCCUAUGAUUGGAUGAGGAACAUGUCUGUUCGAAAUCCAUCGAUGCGGCACAACCGUAAGGUGUCCUUGGUGUUUAACCACCUUGAACCCAUGGAGCUGGCCGAACACCUCACCUACCUAGAAUACAAGGCUUUCCGCCGCAUAAAUUUUACUGAUUUCAAGAACUAUGCAGUGACAGCUUCCUUGAAGGACAACCCCAAAUUGGAGCGAUCCAUUGCCCUGUUCAACGGACUGUCCCAGUGGAUACAAUGUAUGGUCUUAAGCAAGACAACUCCUCAACAGCGAGCAGACGUCAUCGUCAAGUUUGUCAAUGUUGCUAAGAAACUGAGGUAUUUGCAAAACUUCAACACUUUGAUGUCUGUCGUUGGUGGUCUGACACACAGUGCGCUGGCGAGACUUGCCAAGACCAAUGCCUGCAUUCCCAGUGAAACUCAGAAGACUUUGAUGGAAUUCACAGAACUUUUAUCGUCCAACAACAACUUCAGUAAUUAUCGGAAAGUGUUUAACCAGUGUUGUGCGUUUAAGAUUCCAAUAUUGGGAGUACACUUGAAGGAUCUUAUCCUGUUACACACAGCAUUACCAGAUAAAGUGGAAGGAAGUUUGGUGAACUUCAGAAAAAUGGCACAGCUUUCUCAAACUCUCAAAGAGCUCACCAAACUACAGAACCAUGACAACAUUCCAGUGUGCGCCAACAUGGACCUUGUCAACACACUAAGGUUGUCCUUGGACCUUCACUAUACAGAAGAUGAGAUUUAUGAACUGUCCUUAGCCAGAGAACCACGUAACUCCCUGUCAUCACCUUCUACUCCUACCAAGCCUGUUGUAUUUGCUGACUGGUUAGCUGGAGUUAGCCCCCCUGUUCCAAAUACGAUAAAUAAACAUGUACAUGAUAUGGUGGAAGCAGUGUUUAAAAACUAUGACCAUGACAAAGACGGGUUUAUCUCUCAUGAGGAAUUUGAGUCCAUAGCCGGCAACUUCCCGUUUAUAGAUUCCUUUUGUGUACUAGAUGCUGACAAGGAUGGCAUGAUCAGCAAGGCUGAGAUGAAGACCUAUUUCAUCAGAGCAAAUUGUCAUGCUCUACGCAAAUGUUUUAAACAUGACUUCCAUGAGAUCACCUACUUCAAGCCGACCUUUUGUAUACACUGCACAGGACUGUUGUGGGGACUGAUUAAACAAGGCUGGAAAUGUAAAGACUGUGGUAUUAACGCCCAUAAACACUGUAAAGACUUGGUUGUGAUGGAAUGUCGUAGUAAGCAGCAUGCAGCUUGUAAUCGGCGUCAAGACUCGGUGACAAACGGAACUCCCACUCAAGAAUUGACAUACUCAUCAAAAAGAAAAAUGUCACAACGACAGAAACGGAACCGUGUACACCAAGGAACGCAAACUGAGGAAAUCUACUUUAUGGAUUAUCAGAUGCGGAACUCCCACAUGAAUGGAGAUGGAGAAUUUUACGAGGAACAGGGCCAACUAUAUGACCGAUUGUUAAAGGCAGAGGAGGCCCGUGACAAGUUGAUGGCUGAAAAUGCAAAACUGGAGGCCAAAUUGGAGGCUAGCAAUGACCAAAUUGUCACUCUCAAAUCUCAUGUGGGGAUGAUUCGUAAAAACACCAUCACAUUCAUUCUUGAGCAGAUGGAUGCUCUUCACAUUCAGCGGGAUACUGAAGUGUGACAACAUGCAGGGCUGCAAGGAUUAACAAGUGCUAAUAACUGUGACAUACAGAAGUGAAGCUACAAAGAAAUGAUCAAUAUGGGAUCCAUGUUACACCAUGUUUGUAUCUUUAGAACAACAACAAAGUUCCCAUGUUAUAAGGAUACCACCCAUAGCAAGGGGAGGUAACUCCCACACCUUCAGUAUGUCAGUACGAAAGAAGGCGACUGAGAAUUUUGGUGUUUAAGUGGGACACAUUCCUAUGUUUUGUCUUACAAACAUGAGAAUAGACGGAGGAAGAAAAAGGAAUCACUGUUUAAGUGACAAUAACUGUAAAAUGGCAGCCAUGUUGGAUCUCAGUGGAAAUGAUUUGUGUGUACCACCAUUGAUGAGCGGACCACAUGACAGAAAUGAUGUGACUGAGAGCUUCUGUACAUCCUGCUCACUGUUUAACAACAGUAGUAUGCUACCAAUUGUUGUGAACUAUUGGCUGUGAAAGCAUUAUCAUAUAAAAAAAACUUAUUUUGUUGUUCCUGCAGAUGAGUUUUUGCAGGCAUGGAGCUCAGUGGAGUUUUUAGCUUUAUGACACUGCUUGUAUGUGAUGUUAGGGUGCAGAUUUACAGAACGCCAAUAUAACCGAAAGAAAAAUAUCAAAACCACAAAUCUCCUAAAAAGAACUCACACUUACAACUUAUUUAAAAAGAGUUGUGAAAGAAAACCAAGAAAUGAUGGAACAAUUAGCCAUAAGGUUGAACCACAGUGAAUUACGUGUUACAAUAAAUACUGAAUUAUCUGUGGGUUUAUUGCUUGAGUUACAAGCUUGUCUGUGACGUGGAAUACAUGUGGAAAGUAACAAACGGUUUAGGAUUUGGAAGUACUAGUGAUAUCAUGUGGUACAGUACAAGUUAUAAUCAUGUUGACAAAAGAGUUCCAACUGGAAAGUGAUAUGGCAAAAAAUUAUUGUCUUCAGAAAAUUGUCUUUGUACAUUUUCUUUUAUGGCAUAUAUAUGACAAAAAACAUUUUCAAUUCAACAAUACCUCGAUUUCUAGGUCAAGGAUUAGCUAGGCCUAUGUGUGGAAAUUUCUCCUUAUAUCAAGGAAGUAUGCCACACUGGGAUGCUUUCCUGUCCAUACGAGUCUGUCGCUUCUGACGCAGCAUUCCUGUGAUACUAACCCUUGUGACACAGGGGGAUAUCUGGGUACAAUGACCGACUUGGGGGCCAGACAUUCUCAUAGCCAUUAGAUGGAGUCUGUAGUCACCAAGGGAUAGUCCUUAGUUACCAAGGGACAUUAUGUGUACUGACUGUUCUUCCCAAGUGUUGCUGUAUGAUGCAGCAAGAACUUGACUUUGUUAGUUUCACAUGACCCUGACCUUGGAAUCUAUUGAAUUCUCAUGACAUUGUCCUUGGAUAUUUCCUCUUGACCUUGGAAUUUUCACAUGACCUCGGUUGUAAUUUCACCUCAUUUGUGUAUCGUGUUACCUUUACUUUUGUUGGAUGAGAACUUUGAUAGCAUAUGCUGAGUUAGAUGUAUUAUUAAAAGAAAUACUUUUAAAACAAAUUGUUAUGUGACUACAUUGAACUAUUCCAUAUUUGAUAGAACAGACCACAUUUUAUUACAAAGUUAUAAGGAGUAUUUUUAUAUAUUUAUCAGAGGAACAAGAUGACCUUGACCUCAGCCUGUGAUGUACAUACAAAUCUAUAUAUAUAUAGAUUGAUGGGCUAUUUUUAGAAAUCUCUGAUAAAUGUGUCAAAGAUGGACUCAGAUUAAUUCUGAAAUGAACCUCAUCAUUUUUGGGCAUCUUAAACAGUAGCUUCUGGACAGAGAUCUCAGUUCUGGAUAAGAACAGUAUUGAUAGACUUAAAUCAGAAAUCAGUGUCAUCAUGUACCAGCCAUUUUUCUUUUUUAAUCAUGGACCUCAAAUACAUCAAAUGAUUUAUUAUUCUUACUGGUAUGUUUUCUUCCUUUCUUCUUUUAUAAAAUCAAAAGCGUUUCUAUUGUUUUAUUGAAUCCUUUAUAUGACACUUUGGAUUGAUUUCUUUCCACCUUUUCUGUAUUCUACAAUUGAUUCUGUCAGAUUGAUUUGCGAUGUACAUUGAUCAUUAGACAUUUUAUAUCAUAUUUAUUCUACCAAAGUUAAUUAUUUCAUUGUGUGUUUGUGAUAAUUUCAUAUAUACUCUUAUAUUAUAGUCUGAAUUUUCUCACGACUCUAAAUUUUUAGUGUCAGUGAUGACUUAGGAAAAAGGAGGAGUUUUUUCUUUUUUAAUCAUACAUUUGGUGACCUUUAUUAAGCAAAAACUGAUUUUUAUCAAUGUUACUGAGCUCUAAUAGACUAUAUAUGGAAUUUCAAUCAACUUUAAAAAUCAGAAGAUUUUAUGAAAUUUAAUGAGACUGAAUGUGAUAUUAUUUAUUUGUUAAGAAACUACACUUGUCUUUAAAACAUCAUAGUUAUGUACAAGGGGUUAAUACACAUAUGUAAAUAGUGUUUUAAUGAAAACAGGUUACAUGAUGUAGACGCCAACCUAUAUAUAGUUUAAGUGCAAUAAGAUUAAAUAUAUUUACAUGUUUUUUAUAAAAGAUUGAAGCGGGGAGGAUGUGACUGUGUUAGGGAAGCUGUUGUGAUUUAGAUUUGUUAACCUGUAUUACUUAAGUUUACCUGUGGUAAGAGCAGGUGCCUUAACGUAGAAUGGAGCACAAUGUUAUACAGAAAGGACUUCCAGAGGUGAUCUUUUUGUAAAAUCAAACAGACAGCCCUAACAUUAAGUGAUACUGAUAUUUUUCUUACCUGUAUCUACCAUACACUUGUAAAUAUGUUUCAGUAUUGAGAAAUUUAUUGCUGGGCUCAUCAUCACUAACUUUACCACUAGCUACAAUAUUCAAUAAUUACUCAAUAUCCAUUAUGAUAAGGUGCUGGUAUUAUGUUACCUGAUAUUGACAGUUUUAAAUAACUUAAUUACUCUGAUUUACAUGCAUAUAUAUUUUCUAAGAGGAACAUUGAAAUUAUUUUCAUUGGUUACACAAUUUAGGAUUCGCACUAAACCCAUCAUAGAUUCCAGCAGAUGUGAUGACCCCAGUUAAAAUGUCUUCACAAUCAUAUGUGUGAUUAGUUUCUUCUUUACUGCACCAUGGAACAGUUUACUCUUGUAUGUAAUGUCGCAUAAGUGAAAUGUGCAAAAUGCCACAACCUUUAAAGAUAUGCUUAACUAGAAAAACAAAAGUUUUAUAUGGAAGUCAAAAUACAAAUCAUUGAUAGAAAAAAAUUGUCAUUUCUGGCAUCCUUGAUAAAAUGUGCUAGAAGUUAUUCUUGAAAGUGUUUUUUAUACAAGAGAUCAGUAAACAACUAAUACUUAAACAAUCAAUCUAUAACAAUCUUCUCAAGCUCAGUCUUGUAAAUACCUGUUAUUUGUAGAAGGAUCUAUUUUCUUGGUAGUUGAAAGAUAUUUUUUGUAAAAUCGGCCCAGACCAAUUAUUAGAUUCCUGGGAAUGAAAAUGAAUGAAUGUUCUUGAUUUUCUCAAAAUGACAAUCUUAGUAAAAAGUCUUCUAAAAAAAUUUAACAAAUCAGUGAUGAAAUUCAUACAUGGUGGGUCUACUGGAAAGGUACUUUGUUACAUCAAAUUUUUCAAGAUGUUAAAAUACAAGAAAAUAUUAUUUAAUCGUUAAAUGAUUUAAAUAUAUGUGAAAUGCAAGAACACAAUUUUCAUGUUGAAGAUUUUGUUAUUGCUAAAUGCACUUUCUUGAAGUAACCAGAUAUGUUGAUUAUUUCCCCAUCAGAACUGAUGUUUACAGAUGUAGAAAGGCAGCAGAAUGUUCUCCCGUGGACAAGAUGGAUUUUGAAAUGGUUUUGAUAAUUUCAUAUUUGUUAAGUUUCAAUUAGUCAGCUUACAAAAUUAUGAAGAAUUCAAUUUUUUUUAAUAUAUAACCUGAUUAUUUUUUUAAUUAUUAAUACAGUAAUGUUACUAUCUAAACCUGUGGGUAAAAAGUGUUUUGUUCUAGUAAAGGGAGAUAACCAGUCAGCAAUCUUGUCAGUGACCCAUUUGUAACAAAGAAACACCCAAGUUUUAUUGCCAGAAUAACUUUCAAGUUUUGUAACAUUAGAAAAAGCUCAAUUUUUACAACAUAUUAAAUAUUUUGUAUAACAUUCCAUCAACAGUAUCAUGAUUUUAUAUUAUUUUGACCAAAACAAAUCUUGUCACAUUGAAUUUUUUUGUCAUUUUUAAUUGAACUUCAAUCUACUGCUGUAAAUUUGAACAAAACCUGUCAUGUUUUUUAUGGAGAGACAUUUUUUUUAUAUAUUUGUACAAUGGUGCACACCAAUCAGGUGAACCAGACAGAUACUGGAAUAGAUCUGCAAUGUAUAAUUUCAUCCUUUUCCCAGAAAAAUCUGGAGAUCAAAUUUUAUUUGAUAUUAGUGUUACAUAAUAUAUUCUUAUCUGACCAAAUCAUAGUUGACUGAGGAUAAAGUUUCAUUUUCAGCUUCAUCUUUACCAACAUGUUGUUGUUGUAUAUGAAAGUUUUCUCAUCAUUCCGCGAUCCUACCUGUUGAUACAUUCCGCGGAAAUCUGUAGUAGUCGUGUAUUUUAUGUACUAGAACCACCUCAUGGGGUAUGCAUGCUGGCAUUGCAGAACAAAUCCAUGAUAAAGACUUAAUUUAUUCUGUUUCACCCAACAUUCUCUUAAUUCAAUGUUUUGUCGUUUCAUCUAAAAUCUAUUUGCAGUGGAUAACUUAAAUUUAACCAAAGUCUUUAAUUAAUCAGAUAUACUCUCAACUUUAGAAAAUAUUAACGAAAAAAGUCCUUUCAUCACUUGUUUCUAAAAUGUAUAUUUUUUGCAAAAGCAGAUAUAAUUGAUCAGUCCAUCUUUAACAUAAAAAAAUUCAACUGUAUUAAAUUUAAAACACAGUAUUUUAUA